AUGAUCACUGUCAUGGGCUUCAAGUUCGACCAGGCCGCAAACUCCCGUGUGAUUCCGACGCUCUGCCCCGGAGUAGACAUGCGGUCCAUGGGAAAUCGAGGGUACGGCCCUAAAGUAUGGUGCGCAGUGACGCAGGUCCAGUCAAACGCACUCUUCCCUCCCGGUAAUUCACUGCUUGUAGACCAAGCUCUCGCCCUCGGAUGGCUCAAGGGAGCGGCGAUUGGGGUCGUCGUUUCCAGUGCGGCCAUUGUCUACUCCGAGAUCAUGUUCUUGACCACUCGCUGGAUGUACACCCGGGGCAUUCUCCAGAGGUACUACCCUCUGCCAAAGGAACGGGCCGCUGUCGCAACGUGGAUCAACACCUUUUCGUUCACCGUCCCUACGGCGAUCUACGCGGUCGUCUACCAACGGGGCCCGCCUCGCUCCUUCGACUUCAACGUCCUCAACUUCAUCAUGUACCAGUUUCUGUACAUGGUGAUACAUGAUACCUACUUCUACUGGUGCCAUCGCACUUUCCACGUUGUGCGGCCCCUUUACAACCACCUGCACGCAAUGCACCACGAGUACUCGUACGCCAUGCAUGUUUAUGUGGUCGGUCACGCCGAGCUGGUCGAAAACUUUAUCCAGGUCGGAGUCCCCUUCCUGCUGUGGACGUACAUUGCGGGAGCCAACUGGUGGUACUGGCUUGGGCCGCUCUCGUUUGUCAUCUUCUCAACCUUGGUUGGGCACUCGGGAUAUCGCUCUCACCCGAUCCUCCUCGUCUUCCACCCCUUGGCCGCUCCCAUUGCCCUCGCCAGCGGCGGCAUGCUCCUGACAAUCGGCGAUCACCAGAUGCACCACUCCCACCGCCGCGUCAACUUUGGUCUCUUCUGGCGAUUCUGGGAUAAGAACUUCGGCUCUUACCGCAAGUGCGAGACGCGUGCCCACAACCACGAGUUCUGGCUCAAGUGGGCAGAGACGACGCGGUCUGCAAAGAGUGAUGACGUUCAGGCCAGUGUGCAGGCAAAGAAGUGGUUGGGCAAGAACCAGGUUGAGUUCCACGAGGUCGAGUGGGGAUUCUAG